UCCUCAGCCUUUAUAACAGCUGCCUGCAGCUCAGAAACACAGGUUGUAUUCAACGAAACAUGAAGACUUUCAAUCUGUGCAUUCUAGUGAGCCUGGCUGUCGCAGUUUACUGCGUGCCAAUAUCGCAUGUUACUGGGCAAGAUGAGGAUUUUGCAGAGAGCUACCUGAAGAAAUUCUUCAACCUAAAAGAGGAGAAAGGUCCCACUAGCAGACGAGGGGUCAGCGCGGUGAGCAGGAAGCUGAGUGAGAUGCAGAGAUUCUUUGGCCUCCAUAUCACCGGGACGCUGGAUGCUGACACCAUUGCGACGAUGAAGAAGCCCCGCUGUGGCGUCCCAGACACCAACAUUGCCAGUUUCUCCACGUUUGACAGAAACCUCAAGUGGGAGAAAAACAGCCUUACCUACAGGAUAGAGAACUACACACCUGACAUGUCUGCGCCAGAGGUAGAUGACUCCAUAGAGAAAGCGCUGCAGGUUUGGGCCAAAGUCACUCCUCUGAGAUUCACAAGAAUCCACAGUGGCACCGCUGACAUCAUGAUCUCCUUUGGCCGCCAAGAACAUGGUGAUUUUUACCCCUUUGAUGGCCCUGAUGGCACUCUUGCCCAUGCCUUCGCCCCGGGCACUGGCAUUGGAGGAGAUGCUCAUUUUGAUGAUGAUGAGUCCUUCACUUUCAGCUCAAAUACCGGCUACGUCCUCUUCCUGGUGGCUGCCCAUGAGUUUGGCCACUCCCUGGGCUUGUCUCACUCUGAUGAUCCUGGUGCUCUCAUGUACCCUGUGUACUCAUACAAUAACCCAGACACCUUUGUUCUGCCACGGGAUGAUGUCAACGGCAUCCAGUCUCUCUAUGGUCCAAACCCUGAUACGGAUGGAGAUAUAGAUAAACCUCAGCCCCCCACCACCCCCGAUGCCUGUGAUUCAACCCUGGUCCUGGAUGCUGUCGCCACCCUGCGAGGAGAGAUGCUCUUCUUCAAGGACAACUUCUUCUGGCGGAGCUACCCUCAGAGCAAUACACCUCAGCAAACUCUCAUCACAAACUUCUGGCCCGAAGCCCCCACCCACAUCGACGCUGCUUAUGAAAGCCAACAGUCAGACAGUGUCCUUCUCUUUAAAGGUCGGAGAGUGUGGGCUUUCAGUGGCUAUGAUCUUGUGAGAGGCUAUCCUAAACCAAUUUCCAGUUUUGGUCUGCCCACAAGUGUGAAGAAAAUCGAUGCGGCCCUCUAUGACGUGGAAUCUGCCAAGACUCUGUUCUUUGUAGGCACCUCUUACUACAGUUAUGAUGAGGCCAAGAAGACCAUGGACCAGGGAUUCCCCAAGCGACUGGAUGAGACAUUCUCCGGCCUGACCAGCAAGGUGACUGCAGCUCUCCAGGUCAAAGGUUAUACUUACAUCUACAGUGGAUCGUACAUGUUUGAGUACAGCCUGAGCACCGGGAGGUUGUUCCGUGUGCUGAGGAACAGCUACUUCCUGCGCUGCUCCAACUUCUAGAGAAGUUUACUGGCGAAGCCUUUUAUUUAGCCACUCUGAAUGAGAAUGAAGGAAACAUAGUUAAAUUGUCAAUACCUAUGCAAUAAUAUAUCUUAAAAUAUAGAAUUGUAUUUGUACACACGUAUGGGUUCAUACUGGACAUAUGCCCUUCCUGAGAACAGCACCUUAUAUGUUUUUUAAAAUGGUAUUUUUGUGAUGUCAGCGAUUGCUUUUUUCAUUUAAUUUAACUUUAUUUUAUCUAAGUUUAUUUAUGUCAUAGUCCUCUUUUAAUUACUGCUGUUUUAUUUUUGUAUUUAAUGUAGUUUAAGUUUGGAACUUUGGAGCAUAUUACGUAAAUGUAUUUUCAAAUAUUAACAUUAUUACAAUUGCACAUGUCUACACAGAUUUGUACGUCACUGUGAUGAAACGUGAUUGUAUAUUUGUACACAAAUAUAAAAAAACAACCAAAUAGGACAAAGUGAAAAGAAAUUGCCACCAUGAUUUGGCAAAUAAAGGUUUUUUAAUACAU